UUUAUUACCAUUUACCUGACAUAAAGAAAUAACCUACAUUAUUUUUAAAUAUACAUUCUCAAUGUAUACUAAAAAUGGCAACAAAAAAGCGUUAGUAGCGAUUUGGAAUAGUGUGCGCGCGCGCGCGGAUGCAUGCGGGCGCGUGAACUCGAGCGUGAGCCCUGAAGACAAAGAACCCCGCGCAUUAAACAUUUUUCGUGACAUGGUGGGUGGUUCUGUUUCGGUUCUUUAAAAAGCCCCUGUAAAGGCAGACAGACAGACACUGGGAGAGAGAGAGCGACAGACACAGAGGGAGAAAGAGAGUGGGCAAAUCCACGGCGCCAUGACGCACAGGUCAGCGCGUCUCCUGCAGUGAUGCUCCAUUGACUCAUUUAUCCGGAGCGAAGCAGCGGCUCAGGACACUCUCCUCCUGCCAUGGACUCUCUCGGCGGUCUCCUCCUGCGGAUAUCGGUUGUUCUGUACGGCUCCUGCAGCGUUCUGGCGCUCUUACCGGGAAUCACGGAACCGGAGUUCAUCCGCAGGUGUGUCAAGGCGCACAACACGCACCGCGCGCGCGUCAGUCCACCUGCGGCCGGUGCGCGCUCCAUGGUAAGACAGGUGUUCGGCAUGCAGUCCUGGGACAAAGAAUUGGCCAAAGGUGCGAGAGAUCGAGCGAGACAUUGCAAGGGCUCUCAUUAUCCUAGUCUGGGACAUUUCGGGCACCCUCUGUUCGGGUGGAUGGGUGAGAACAUCUGGCUGGGGUCUCCGUUUUCAGCCUUCUCAGUGGAGAACGCCGUACACCGAUGGAGCAAAGAAGGAGCAUAUUCAGUCAAAAAUAACAACUGCUCGAGGCUGUGCGGACACUACGCACAGUUAAUGUGGUCUACAAGCUUCAAGAUGGGCUGUGCAGUAAAUGUGUGCUCCAAAGGAAUCGAAAACUUCUCCACCCACCCGGAGUCCACUAUUUUUGUGUGCAACUAUGGCGAUACAGGACAAGUUCAUGGUGUAACUCCAUAUAUGGCAAUGGGCUGCAGUGGAUGUGGAUCAGAGAUCUGCAGAGACAACGUUUGUAGAUAUGAUUGGUUCCCUGGCUGGGAUUAUGGUCCGCCCUCUUCAGCCCACAGUGUUUCUUAUUGGCAGACUAAUCUUGGACUGUGCCUACUAGGAGUUUGCUGGCUACUGCACUUUUAUGCAACACAUUAAUGUCAGUCUGUGAACCUGUUACACAACAUCUUUAAAUCUCCCCAUCAUGUCUAUUCAUAUUCAAAUAUUAUUCACUAUUAAUAAUCAACAUGAUAUGAAGAAAUCUAUUUAUAACUUUAAAAGAAAAAAAAGGAUAUACAGCUAGGAAAAAAAAUAAAAGGCUACUUAAAAAUUCUCAGUUUCUCUGGAUUCACUGAAUCAAUUAGGUGUGGGUUUGAUUAAAAAAAUGUUUUAUUUCAAAAAGGUUUUAUAAUGUCUGAAUAAAAGGUUCUUUAAUGUCCCGAUUUCAAAUACAAAUACUGUCUAUUAAAGCUCUAUUUUUGCAGAAAAUGGUCAAGAUGACACUUUUUUGUAAAUUGUUGUGUGUGAAAACGAUUUAUUCCAGCAAAUAUUGAUUUCUUAAGUCAUCUUAAGUUAAAUUAUUGGUAUUGUGUUGUCUUAAAAUAAUAAACCUGUCUGAAAACACAGCAUCUUUUCUAUCUAAUCCUGAUUUUCAAAUACAACAAAUCCAAAUCCAUUCCAAAAUUGUUAUCAGACCAUUACUGGGUAAAAUAAAUAUUGACAAUCUACUCAAAUUCAUUCAUAUUAAGUCCAGGAAUCUAAAGAAACUGAGAAUUAAGGUGGUGUUUUUCCUGUGGCUGUGUAUAUAGUGUUCAUAUAAGUUCCCUUUCUGCUGUGUGUAAAUCAUUUAUUUUAUUUGCCAUAUACACAGUAGCUCUGUAAAUGAAUUUGAUUAGAAGAAAAAGUUAUGUUUGAUUUCAUGAAAGUGCUAGUUGAAUAAACUCGGGUUGAUAUUUUAUACUAUCA